AUGAAGCCGGGCAGCUUCAAGACCUUCACCAGGCAAUUCCAGGUAUACACUUUACUUUACGGGUCUCAAGUAAAGAGUAAAUUGAAGCAUUUUGAGAGACAUAACAAAGUUAUAAGACGGACACCGGUCGAACAAGAAAGAGAGGCUGGAAGACAACGAUUGAGGCUUAAAAAACUGAAUAAAACGGCAUAUUCUAAACAGCAAGCCGAACAUGUCUUGAAGAAGAAAUAUGACAUUUCAAAUACGUCUCUGAGUGGUACUUCUUUGGGACCGACAAGCGCAUCGGACGUGCAAUAUCUGAAGCUAGCUCACGACAAAAGACUGAUGUUCACAAUUCUGGGAGUAACGGGCGAGCAGCUUCGAGAUUCAAAACUGGUUGCAGGUGAUGUUUCAAAAUUUCUAGCCCGAGGACAGUUGGAAAAAGCUAUAUUUUUGGCCCGAUUGGCGAAAAGCCGGGGAGUAGUGGGAAUGAACAAGAUCAUAGAGCAUUUUUGCUGGAAACAGCAGGAUGGAAAGUCUGCAAUAGACAUUUACAACUGGAGGAAAAAAUGGGGGAUUCCGCCAAAUGAGUUCACAGCUACGAUAUUAUUCGAUGGACUUGCAAAAUCAAGACAGCCUUUGGCUCAUAAACAAGCUCAACGAGUUCUGAGAAUUGCGAUGCAACUGAUUACCAAUGGAAAAAUGAAUAUCAUAGAGUUCAAUGCUGCUCUAAACGCUUUGUUUAAUAGUAAAGAUCAGGAGUUUGUGUUUCAACUGUUUGACGCAAGACCCAAAGGCCUGGUAUGCGACGCCAUCACAUACACUACGUUGCUUCGAAGCGCCGCUAAGAUGGACAGCGACGAUCUGUGUUUAAAAAGAGUGGACGCAAUUAUGGCCACCGUACCCAAGCGGUUUUUGGAUGCCCGACUCAUCUAUGAGUAUUGUCGUGCUUGGCAUUGCCGCUCUGACAAGGCGUUGUCUUCUGUUGCCGCGUCAGCGAUCUUCAAGUAUUUCAAGCUCGAAAACAUUGCAUUUGAAGGCAAGAUCCCAAACGGUGUCACCUUACCGGAGUUACAGUACUGGGAUGUGCAGAAAAAGUACGAUGUGAAUGGUUAUGUGAUCGAGCUUCUGCUAGAAAACCAUGCGAAGAACGGCAAGUGCAUGCUUGCGUGGAAAACUUAUCAAGAAAUGAUAGCUCAGCGUCCGCAAAUGCUAACACCUUCAGCAUUUGAAAAGAUGAUCAGAAUUGUUACUGCUGGCUUUCCAAACGCCUGCAGUUCGAUGGCAGUGCAGAUUUUUGAUCAAUUAGACAGUCGGCAUAAAAUCAACAAGGCUAGUUUGGUUUUAGUUUACAAAGCUUUUGAGAGACAAGCGGGUAGAAAGUUUACAAAUGAGAGCCCUCUUAAAAGCAGUGAACUAAUCGCAAAUCUGUUCAGGUUUGCAGUCAAGUUUGAUGGAAAAACUCAGAACCUGCCAGGAUCUAACAGUGUCCUCGAUUGGAGAGCAUGGAUGUUCUGCUGGAAUGUCAUAAGCAGGGCCAAUGAGAAGCAAGCUCUCGAUAAGCGAAGAACUGAAUGGAUUUUAAACCAAUACAUCGAUACUCUACUGUCGGGGCAGAUGAACUUUAGUAAGCUGACCAAAGAAGAAUAUCCAGGGCUUAGACAUGUCAGCAUCGAAGGUGUAAGGUUUUUGGGAGCAUUUGCGGAGACGUUCAAAAACGCUGAGCAAUCAAUUGAGCCCGCAGACGGUUUAGAACGGGAAAACUUCCUGUAUAGAAGGCUUCUCCUGAGGCUGAAAGAUAGACUUUUGGCUUAUGUCGCCAUCUUAGAGGGGAAGAUGAAUAAUUUCGAAAGCGUGGAAGAGUCUCUGAGACAAACGGCUCACAAAUUGAGGACGACUAAGAUGCCUGUGGGUAUUGAAGAAGUUCCAGAAGCAAAAAUGUCGACACAAGAUGAGCGCAGUUUAUAG